AUGAAGUCAAACAUCCAGUACUGCUUGAAGCUCAGUAAGAUGUCAGCUGUUGCAAGAUUGAAUCAGACGGCCCGUCAUAUAUCCACAGCUGUUGGCUAUAAUACUGUGACCGAAGGUUCCAAAUAUUCAUCAGAUUUUAAAGCCUAUUUGCAACUACCAAAUGGUGAAUUAGGUUCAUAUUUCCAUGAUAUACCAUUGAAUUUGAAUAAGGAGAAGAAAACUGUUAAUGUCAUUGUUGAAAUUUCAAGAUGGAGUAAUGCAAAAUUUGAGAUUAGUAAGAAGAAUGCCUUGAACCCUAUAACUCAAGAUAUUAAACUAGGUAACGUUAGAUUUGUUAAUAACAUAUUUCCAUUUAAAGGUUAUAUGCAUAACUAUGGUGCUAUACCACAAACAUGGGAUGAUCCAACUAUAGUUGAUAAAGAGACUGGAUUUAGAGGAGAUGAUGAUCCAAUUGAUAUCUGUGAAAUUGGUCAAAGAGUUGCAAAACUAGGAGACGUUUUCGAAGCUAAAGUUUUAGGGGCUUUAGCUUUGAUUGAUGAUGGUGAGCUAGACUGGAAAGUUUUUGUAAUCGAUUCCCGUGACCCUUUGGCUAAAGAAAUCAACGAUAUUGGUGAUAUUGAUGCUAGAUUCCCGGGCUUGUUAGAAAGCACUAGAAAAUGGUUUAAAGACUACAAGAUACCAGAUGGUAAACCGGAAAAUGAGUUUGGUUUCAAUGGUGAGUUUUUGAAUGCUGAUAAAGCCAUUGAUGUUAUUUCCCAUUCAAAUGCAGCUUGGAAAAAAUUGACUGAAGGUCAAUUAGAAUAUCCAAAACUUCCACAUAUUGAAAAUACCACUUUGAAUGGAUCACCUGGAUUCAUCAAAGCCAAAACUGAAGAUUUCAUUACUCAAAGUGAUAAUCCAGAUGCCGAAAUUCCAGAAUCUGUUGAUAGAGUUUAUUUCGUUUGA